AUGGACUGGAAUGGGAAUUUUAGACCCUUUGUUUCUCGACCUACUCCUCCUGAUAAUUCUUUCAAUUUCCUCUACAGCUACAAUUAUGAUCAAUAUCCAGGUAUGGAAAUGAAGCAUGCAAUGCAAACACAAAAUGGUGGAGUGCUCCCAACAAUGGACAAACUGAACAACAACUUUGCUAUGAAUCAACUGGACAAGAAGAAAAGAUUAACAAGUGAACAAUUAGAGUCACUUGAAAACAGUUUUCAAGAAGAGAUAAAACUUGAUCCUGAUAGGAAAAUGAAACUAGCUAAAGAACUUGGGUUACAACCUCGUCAAAUUGCUGUUUGGUUUCAAAAUAGGAGAGCUAGAUGGAAAUCUAAGCAGCUCGAACGACUCUAUGAUUCUCUUAAACAAGACUAUGAUUUAGUUUCUAGGGAAAAACAGAAGCUUCAAAAUGAGGUGUUGGCAUUAAGAGCAAUAUUGAAGGAACAAGCUACAAAGAAACAAGUGAAUUCCACAGUAUACACUAAAAUAUCAGGUGAAGAGACAGUGGAAAGCACAUCAAUGCCAAGUUCAAACAAGACAAGAGGAAUUACUACAAGUAACCAUCAGAAUAAUAAUAAUAAUAAUGAUAUGGCUGAAUGUAGCUAUGUUUUCAACGUUAAUAAUGUAGAAGGGUUUAAUCCAGUUAUGCCACCAUAUUGGGUUUAA